AUGGCACGGCGGUCGGUUUUGUUCCUGUCCGAUCUCCAGAAAGAUAUUCUGGAGCAGCAGAUCCGGAUGCCGACCCCGAAAGUGAGCUACUUCCAAAUCUAUAGCUAUGCGGCCGGAUGGGACUGGGUCAUCCUGGGGAUUGGAGCUAUCUGCGCCGUAGCCGGUGGUGCGGCACUGCCUUUAUUCACUGUUUUCUUUGGCAAUAUCACGUCGACAUUUCGAGACGUUGCCAGCUAUGCCAUCACGUAUGACGAGUUCUAUCAUACUCUCUCGACAAACGUCUACUAUUUCAUCUACCUGGGUAUUGGAGAGUUUCUGACACUAGGAUUUGCCACAUUUGCCUUUGUUCACACAGGAAACUCGGUUACGCAGAAGAUCCGCGUUCGAUAUCUCCAGGCGAUUUUGCAACAGAACAUCGCGUUCUUCGACUCCUUAGGAGCGGGCGAGAUCACCACCAGGAUCACAGGCGACAUGCAUCUUAUCCAAGACGGCAUCUCCGAAAAACUUAGCUUGGUGUUGACCGGGGUGUCCAGUUUCGUCACGGCGUUCGUUAUCGCAUUCAUCAAAUACUGGAAACUUGCGUUGGUCUCUACAUCCACGCUCUUUGUCCUCUUACUUAUCAUGGGCAUUGGCUCAACCAUUUCGGUGAUAUACAGUAAGAAGUCCAUUGAAUGCUACGGAAAGGGUGGCAGCAUUGCAGAUAAUGUCCUCGAUUCCAUCCGGACAGUUGCGGCCUUUGGUGCGCAAGAGGCCCUGGCAGAAAAGUAUGAUAGUCAUCUGCAAGAUGCAGAACGCUUUGGCCGGGUUGUACAAAUGACCUUUGCCUUGGUGAUUGGAGGUAUUCUCGGAGUAAUGUACCUGAAUUAUGGACUGGGUCUCUGGAUGGGAUCGCGAUUCUUGAUCGAAGACCCAGCCCAUAUCGCCCCGGGAGAUAUUCUCACUAUCAUGAUGUCCAUCAUCCUAGGAUCGUAUAGUUUAGGCAAUGUGGCACCCAACAUGCAAGCUUUCUCUGAUGCAGUAGCUGCAGCGACGAAAAUCCUGGGGACCAUUGAUCGAGAGUCACCUCUAAACCCCUUGUCCACUGAAGGGAACCGGCCAAGCUCAGUUCAAGGGUGGAUUGAAUUUUCGAACAUCAAGCAUGCCUAUCCCUCACGACCAGAGGUGAUCGUCAUGGAGGAUUUUAAUUUGCGCAUCCCAGCCGGGAAAACGACCGCCUUCGUUGGGCCUUCUGGGUCAGGGAAAAGUACGAUUAUCGGAUUGCUUGAACGGUUCUACAAUCCAGUCGGAGGGAAUGUGUUGAUUGACGGACAUGACAUCCAGUCGCUGAACCUCCAGUGGUUACGACAGCAAAUCUCACUAGUCUCCCAGGAACCUCAGCUCUUUUCCGCAACCAUCUUUGAGAAUAUAAAAUACGGAUUGAUUGGAUCCGAAUUUGAGAACGAGACGGCUGAAGAGAUCCGAGAGCGGGUGAUCAAGGCAGCCCAGAUCGCCGAUGCCGAUGAAUUCAUCAAUGCUCUUCCCGAGGGUUAUGAAACGAACAUUGGAAGCCUCGCUCUCUCCGGCGGACAGAAGCAGCGAAUUGCAAUCGCGCGCGCCAUUGUCAAGGAGCCGAAGAUUUUACUCCUCGACGAAGCUACAUCUGCCCUCGACACGAAGUCGGAAGGCCUAGUCCAGGCAGCACUGGAUCGAGCGGCAGAGGGACGCACAACGAUUGUCAUUGCCCAUCGGCUUUCUACCAUUAAGUCAGCACAUAAUAUUGUAGUGAUGGUAGGCGGGAAGAUCGCAGAGCAAGGAACGCAUAAGCAACUGCUCGACAGAAACGGAACCUACGCCGGUCUUGUCCAAGCCCAGAGCAUCAGCGAUGCAUAUGGAAACCAGGACGAGGAACACGACAAGGAGACGCUUGCCACUCUCUGGUUUGAUGAAGAGGAUGACUUCGACCGCUAUUGGGCGGAUGAUCCUUAUUUUACGCCGUUGACUUUGUGUCCGCGUGCAAGUAAUGUAACCGUGCCGAAGCUGGCGGCCCCAGCCAAAGCCACACAAUUCUCAAUCUGGAGCCUUAUCAAAUUCAUUGCCAGCUUCAACCAUCCUGAGCGAUAUAUCAUGGGCUUAGCCCUUGUCAUAUCGCUGUUUGCAGGCUGCGUUCAGCCUGCGCAGUCGGUUUUGCUGGCCAAAGCUGUCAACGCAAUGUCUAUGCCUUACACUGAGCCAGGAGAGCUACGCCACGAAACCAACUUCUGGUCGUCUAUGUUCCUCAUGACUGGGCUGGUGACCUUUGUGCUAUUCGGGACACAGGGGGUUAUGUUCGCCGUCAGCUCCGAGAAAUUAAUUCGGCGCGCUAGGAGCCAGACCUUCCGGGUCCUCCUCGGCCAGGAUAUUGCCUUUUUCGACGAGGAAGAAAAUAGCACGGGAGCCCUCACUUCUGCUCUUGCAACAGAUAUCAAGAACCUUGCGGGAAUUAGUGGCGCAACCCUAGCUACAUUGCUGAUCGUGACAAUGAACCUCUUUGGUUCGCUGGCAGUUGCCAUGGCCCUGGGCUGGAAACUCGCCCUCGUGUGCAGCUCGGCGGUCCCAGUAUUAUUGCUCAGUGGAUUUCUCCGGACAUGGAUACUCAGUAGGUUCCAAGUACGAGGUCGCAAAAUGCACCAGAAGUCUGCCAGCGAAGUCAGUGAAGCUGUCACGGCUAUCCGGACGGUUGUUUCCUUGACAAUGGAACGGGUCAUUCUGGACUCCUAUCGCACGCAACUGGAGCAACAGGUAAAAACCGAUAUCCCGUCUAUUCUCCGGUCGUCAUAUCUAUAUGCAAGCUCCGAGGCAUUGCAAUUCUUUUGCAUGGCCUUGGGCUUCUGGUAUGGUGGGAUGUUGCUAGGUCACCACGAGUACACCAUCUUCAAAUUCUAUGUCUGCUUCAGCGAAGUGAUUUUCGGCGCACAGGCUGCCGGCACUGUUUUCUCGUAUGCACCUGGAAUGAGCAAGGCGAGGCACGCCGCAGCCGAACUCAAGGCUCUCUUCAGCCGCAAGCCCAAAAUCCAGGGUUGCGUGGGCGGCGAGGUCGUGCGGUCACUGCAGGGCUCCAUUGAGUUCCGCAACGUAUACUUCCGAUAUCCAACUCGGAUUCAGUAUCCCGUGCUGCAGGGGCUAAAUUUAACCGUCCAGCCAGGGCAAUUUAUCGCAUUUGUCGGCGCUAGUGGCUGUGGGAAAAGUACUACGAUUGCGCUGCUGGAGCGGUUUUACAAUCCUAUUGCUGGUGAAAUCUUAGUGGACGGCAAGGACAUUAGCACACUGGAUUUGCAGUCUUAUCGUAAGAAGCUGGCCUAUGUAGGACAAGAACCAGCCCUGUUCCAGGGCACCAUUCGUGAGAACAUUCUGCUGGGCAUGGACCCUCAUGAGGUCUCGGACGGUGCACUCAUCACAGCUUGUCGCGAUGCGAACAUAUACGAGUUUAUUAUUUCACUGCCGCAAGGUUUUAACACGACCGUCGGAAGUAAAGGGGGGAUGCUGUCUGGAGGGCAGAAGCAACGGAUCGCGAUUGCCCGGGCACUGCUCCGCAAUCCUAGGAUUCUUUUGCUAGAUGAGGCCACAUCCGCGCUGGACUCCGAAUCUGAAAAGGUUGUCCAAGCUGCACUUGAUACGGCGGCACGGGGGAGAACGACGCUGGCGGUAGCACAUCGUCUCAGCACCAUCCAGCGGGCAGACAUGAUCUACGUACUAGCUAAUGGCCAGGUUGCGGAGUCUGGGACGCAUAGCGAGCUACUUAGGAAGCGCGGUCGGUACUUUGACCUGGUAAACUUGCAGAAUCUAGCAUAA